GAGUUUUCCUCUAAGCGUCGUAUUAUGGUAAUAUAAAUUGACCAACCGUAGAGCAAAUUCGGUUAGUUCGUUAAAGUUGAUUAAAGCCAUUUAACCGGGACGGACACGACGAAACGAACGGCGCGGGCUCGGUUCCGAGGGUUCGGCUAAAUGAACUUAAAUUGUUUAAUAUCAUUGGUGAUAAAUUGAGUUUAGGUCGAGCUCACGCAGCUCGCCGUAGGUGCUUGCGGCAGCGAGGCCGCCGCGACGGAGCCGAGGGAGGUUGCCGCGGAGGUAGCGGGCUCGCAGGCGCCCGCCACCGACGGCUACAUGUACGUGUGCGGGGACCCAGCCGGCAGCACCGGCCCGCGCUACGAGUGCUCCUUCGAGCCAGCGCCGGGCUCCAUGGACCAACCUACGUUCGAGGAUCACAUGUUCAGCGAAUUUGGCAAGGACAGACAAGUGCAAGUGGUGGUCGGAGCUGGAGGAGAACUGCAGUACCGGGAGGAGUUACCAGUGUUCACGUCUAGUGGUGACCAGAAGAGAAAAGACGAGCCGCUACUCCUGCAGCAAGUAGAAGCGCCAACGCAACACGCGGCGCACCCGCCGCCGCCUCCUCCGCCGACCACGAAGAAAAGUGAUAAGAAAAAGAGUGAAAAUAAUGGCAUUAAGAAGAAAAAGACCAGAACUACUUUUACGGCGUAUCAACUUGAAGAGCUCGAAAGGGCAUUUGAACGCGCGCCAUACCCCGAUGUUUUUGCUAGAGAAGAGUUGGCUCUUAAAUUAAAUCUAUCGGAAUCACGAGUGCAGGUAUGGUUCCAAAAUAGAAGAGCGAAGUGGCGGAAACGGGAGCCGCCCCGCAAAACUGGAUAUAUUGGCUCUAGUUCCCCUAGCUCUACAACAUUGAGUGGUGGCUUUUCGGGAAUUGGAGGGAAUCUCCCUGCUUUCCCCCAGAAUGGCUUGCCAGCUCCAGCGGACUCAUGGUCGUAUCAGCAUUCUUACGAAUUAUCCUCUCAUCAUUUAUUAUCCUCUGGUAGUAGUGGGUAUCCAGCAUUUAAUACUCAACCGGCAGCGUAUUCUUAUACCACUGUUCUCAACGGCCACGACGGUCAAAUGUUUGCACCGAGACAUUCCUACGAAUACGGGGAAGGAAGUCCACCUCCCCUGGGCGUCCGUGAUUAUCCAAUGAUAGCAGCUCAUUCCCCUCAAAUGGAAGCUCAUGGGCACGAGGAGAAGUUAGAAUAUCGAAGUCACGACCAUGAAGACAAGUAUUCCGCGUGUGCAAUGCAAGAAGAGCCUCGGUACGGUGCCCCUCCAGAAGACUAUGAUAAAUGUGGGAUUGUUCAACACGACAAACACUAUGACAUGGAUCGCCACGCUGACUUGGCGCAGCCUGUAGUCGUUAAAAUGGAACCUAGCCCCGGCCAAGCAUAUACUACAUCGCUGCCCCCUUUUUUGAAUUGAAAUACUCUUUUUCGAAAUUGUCUGAAAGUUUCAACUAAUUUCGAAAAAGAGUAUUCUCUUUAUGUCUGGGACAACUCUUGAUAACUGAAAUCAUGGAACAGAAUUUUAUAUAACAAAAUAUCAUAUUUUGCUUAUUGCAAGAUUGUGAUUGCAAUUACCAACUUUUUCUGUAAAGUGCGUAAAAAAGGAAGAAAUGCAGUAGGUACCUACCUUUAUUCAUUUAAAAAAUAGAUUCGCUAUUAUCUCAUUGACUACAGUAAUAUUCGUAGUCGGUUUAAAUACUUUAUAAAUAUAAAACAAAUUAAAGCUUAUUGCAAUAAUAAUUUAAAUGUGUUAAGUUGAUUAAUAAGACCGAAUGAAUGAACUGUUCAUUAGGUAAUUAGUUUAUUUAAUUUAAACCUUAACGUACAGAUAAUAUUACAAAUAAAUAUUGCUUAAUAUUAAGAAAGAGGUUAGAAUUUUAAUUUCAAUUUCGUGCAUUCCUUGUGCCUUAUUAGAAUUUUUAAGUGUAGAGACAUAAGGUGUAGUGCAUAAUAUUAUAUAACAUAUUUUUAGAAUCAGUGUAAUCUGUCAAAAACAUUAUUUUUUUCGACCAAUCAGUAUAAAAUGUAAAAAUAAAUAUUACACGUACUACGUUAUUAUUGCAACCAAAUAUUUUAUUAUUAGGAUUCUACUAUAUUGUACAGUUUGUUUCUCCCUUUUAAAGAAAACAACCAUGUUUUCAACUCGUAGCGUAUUUUGUUUCAAUUUUCUAAAUUGAGCCUGAGGUUGAAUAUUUAUUCGCUACUUAUUUAUAUUUUGUUGUUUUCCGCAUAUCGUAACAUUUUUCAAAAUACUAUAUCUCAUAAAUGUAUUGAUAGCUGAUAAGUUAAAUUUAUAUUAGUGAAAUUAACGUUUAAAUAUAUAUAUUUUAAGCUUUGUAAAUAUAUUUAAGAAUAGUGAAUUCUGUGCCAAAACAUAGAUUAAAUUUGUAGUAUUUCUCAUAUAACUUAUAUAAGUCAUCUCUUGAAAGUGUUUGAAUCCAAUAAAGUUGUAUGCUAUAUACACGUAAUACUCUAUAUUGUCAGGGUAUUUAUUAGCUAAAUAAAUUUAUAGUUUUGUACUUUAUUGAUGCAGAAAUAUGGUGUCAUACUUAUUUUAAGUUUGUAAAGCAAUAAGAGAUUUUAUAAAUAAAAACAUAU